GUAGUUUUGAGAAAUUUAUUACUUAAGAAAUAAUACCUGAGAACCCGGGAAUUAUCGUGUGACAACUCACGAGUCCCAACAUAAACCAUGAUCUCAUUAACUAUGUACUAUAUGGACAAAUAAGCAGAAUGUUUUUUAUGUAGGCCUACUAACAGGAGAAACUCAUUGCCCAUCGAACGUUGCGACAAUGGAUGUUCUGAUUCCCGGCAGGACACAGCCCUUGGGAGGAGUUGUCACACGAUAGAUAAUACCUAUGUUCGGGGGCAUUCUUGCAUUUAUACACCGUUUUUGUCAUUACAAAAAAAAAGAUUGCAGUUUUGAAACUGCAGUAAAAGUGCAGUAUCUGCAGUCGACUGUGAUAUUUUGGACUAAUUGGACUAAUCCUAAUUAUUCUGCAAUUACUGUGUCCAAAAUACUUCACUGUAACUGCCGUUAUACUGAACAAUUACUGUAGUAAAAAACGGUGUUAUUUUGGACGUAGUAUUUGCAACAUAAUUCAGUUAGACUGAACUUUAACUGCAGUUAUACUGCAUUGUACUGCAGUUAUACUGCUCUCUGACUGCAGUCUUUUUUCGUAAGGAUGGUAGUAAACUCAGCCUGCACUAUUUUAAGAGUACUGGUCGUUAGUUAUUUUCUCAUGUUUUGAGCCAGUCCUCAAUUCUAAUCAUUAUAUUCAUUCGACGUCGCUAUUCUAAACAAAUAAUUUACAUGUAGCUAGCUAGCAGAGGUUCAAUGAUGAUGAGAGACAAGAACUACAAUAAAUAAUGAUCAAUGGGCUUUGUGUUGGAACUGUAGUUUUGAGAAAUGUACUACAUCAAUUUGAGGCAUAUUUCACAUAUUCGUCUAUUUUAUAUAAAAUGUUCAAAGCAUAAAUACAUUAAAAUCAGAAUUUUGGGAGCAACUCAUAUGACCGUAAUUCAUUGAAGAAUGAUCAUCUUGCCUGGUGAGUAGGGCAUGUUUAAAAAAAAAAAAUCUAACAACAUUUAACUGUAAUUAAAAUUAUUUGAACCAUUUUGUGUUAAAAAGGGGAACUUUGAAUACGACGUCAUCGUAAUGGUUAUUAAUGACAUCACAUCCUGUAUAUUUAUUUAUUUAUUUAACCUUUAUUUCUUCUGUACAAUGUCUCUCCUCUAAGUAGUUCCCCAUAACAAAGCCUCUUGCAAGCUAACGAAUGAGGCUGUGCCUGCCAGAAAUGCAUGUCGAGUAAGAUUUGCCAUACGAUAUAACAAUGGCAUAGACAAUAUACAGUACAUGUUAGGGAUCUUUCUGUAGCUUGUAAUUUUAGUUUGUAGUACAAUUGACGUUGCGUAAGCUGACAACAACAAGAGCAACCUCGAGUGCCUCAAACACUGGCUAGCCAGCUAGUUAGAUAGCUAACUGUAACGAAAUGUUCACAUAAGAUUUAGUUUAAAUUUAGCUUAGUAUAAUCCGACUCGGUUCUCAUUCUUCAAUUUGAACACAUUUAGCUGAGUUUGCCAAGCAGCUUUUCAGCAUCCUGGUCUACCCCUCUCCUGCUCCUGCUCCUGCUCCACCUCUCCUAUCUCAUCUUGGUCCUGUGCAGUAUGACAAUGCGUGUGGAUGCCAAAGUAGUUAUGCUUGGGAAGGAGAGUGUAGGCAAGACCAGCCUUGUAGAGAGAUAUGUCCACCAUCGCUUUCUCGUCGGCCCCUACCAGAACACUAUUGGGGCUGCAUUCGUUGCCAAACCAAUCCAGGUGGGAGACAAGGUGGUUACCCUGGGAAUAUGGGACACGGCUGGAUCAGAGCGCUACGAGGCUAUGAGUAGAAUCUACUACAGAGGAGCCAGGGCUGCCAUUGUCUGCUAUGAUUUGACAGACACCAGCAGUUUCCAGCGAGCUAAAUUCUGGGUGAAGGAGGUGCAAAACUGUGAAGAGCACUGCAAGAUAUACCUGUGUGGCACAAAGUUUGACCUGAUUGAGAGUGACCGGGGCCUGCGGCAAGUAGACUACCAUGAUGUUCAGGACUUUGCUGAUGAAAUUGGGGCUCAGCAUUUUGAAACAUCCAGUAAAACAGGCAACAACGUGGAUGAGCUGUUCCAAAAAGUUGCAGAGGACUUUAAUAGCAUCUCCUUCCAAUUCAUGACCGAAGAGACAGGUAUUGACUUGGGUCAGAAGAAGGACUCUUAUUUCUAUUCCUGCUGCCACAAUUAAGCCUUUACUGGUAGACAGCGGUCACUUGCCCUAAAACCAACCUGGAAAUGUUGGAUGGAUGCUAGACAGUCCACCUGGAGCCUGUUCAUUUUAAAAUCAGAGAAAGAAAGAGAGGAGUCCAAGCAGUACUGUGUUUUUUUGGUUGCUUUUUUCAGUUGUGCCAUAGAAGGCUAAAUGCUCACUGCAUUUAAAGGAGUGCUCAUAAUGAUUGGACUUCCCCUCUCUCAGGACAAAAUACCUGCCACGGGGGAUAUCGGAAUGAAGCAGACAGGGAAAUGGCACUUCAACCCCACUUUUAAAAAAGCCUUGUUUUCCUUAGUGUCUAUCAACUCACCUUAAUGACACUACACACUUCAUGCAAACAGAGCAACGGAGCAUCGCAUACGAUCCAUUCCCCAAUUUUUGCCAAACACAAAUAUGUAGAACUAUGUGUGACAACUACUCUGUCGCUGCGUUUAUGUAGUUGGAUAGAAGUGUAUAGGGCCAUUUAGGGACAGUUCAAAGUUUACUGGGGUGGGGUGGGGUUAGUUUGUCCAACUCGAGGUGUCAGAGAAAAAAAAUGUACGACCACAAAUAACAAUAACUGUGUUUAAAAAUGUGGAUAUUGACUUUGCCACUUCAGCAUGGUUUUGUGGCACAGUCGAUGCACUACGAUAAGAGCCGGCUGCAGACAAUGCUCAGCUAGCUAGAAAUCUAAUUUCAAACAGUUUGACACUAUAAUUAUAUACAAUAUAUGCAACACAUUUUCCACCAAUAGGUUUCUGUGCCAAUGCACCACACAACUCAUAAGCGAAGCAUACCCAUUUCAGACGCUUCAAGUUCAUGGUUAGUGUUUUCAACACCACAAUGAAAUAUACUGUCAAUCUCGACAAACAGAACAUAGGCCUAGAUCCUGCCCUACCUUGCAGGCCUACCCAGUAUCGAAAGCUUGGCUUGACAGUCUCCAAAUGUCAUUACACUUUUUGGUGUUAAACAGAUGUCUCUUUCCAUUCAUCAAAUGGCUGCUGCACAGUUUGGAUGCUGGAAUUACAUUUAGGAUGAACGUGCGCAGGUAGCCUACAGGAUACUUUUGAUUAAAACAUUGUGACUGGUUGUGUUUAUGCCACACAUAAAAUUCAAUACAUUUUUGAAAGUUAAAUGACAAAUAUUUAGGCUACAUUGAAGCGUUAGGUUCUAGGUGCGUGAGGAAUCUCUUGAGGCAGAGCACGUGUUAAGCUUUCCUAAAUAACUGGGCCUGCUGGGAGCAUAUGUGGCCACAUUUUUACGACUUGGGAGGAUGAUGAUCUGCGACAGACAAUGCAUGUCAGUAUCAGAACUUAAAAUACAGCCAGACUGGCCUGCUACUCUGCCUUUCUAUACCCAAUAAACAGGCGAGUAGACCCACAAGUGAUCCAAAUGGAAUGAAACAUUCAAAUCACAGGGCUUUUGCACCAUUAUUUAAAGAACAUUUUCACUGCAGUUUACAGCCUAGAGUAGAAUUUUGUACUUGAAAACAAUAAUGCAAUAUCUCAUUGCGUUGUGGUGUUAUAGGCUAGUCUAUGUAGGAUAAUUGAAACAUAAUUGUCCCUGAACCAGAUGACUAGGGGAGCUUUUUGAGUUGCGUGUCUCAUUUCUUCACAGUUCUUUCAUGCACAAUGACCCACCUGGCCUCUUUGCUGAUAGUGAAAAUUGGUGCAACUUUGAAUGAUUUUAUCUGUGGUAUGAUGCUAGUUAGCCUAUUGUAGAUCUGGACAAAUGAUCCACCUAGUGCUAUUGUCACUAUGAAUGGUGGAUAGAAGGCAGGAUAGACUGGUAUACUAUACUGACCUGUGGUAUAGUAAAAGUUAGCUCACGGAAAAGCAUAGUGCAUAAGAUAAGUACCAAAGCAACUUGAUAUAAGGGAGGCGCAUGCAAGCAGAUGAGGACAUUUGUCUAGGAUGGAAGAAAUUAUAUAGUAAAACCUGCAAAGGGACGAAUGUAAACCCGGGAAAAAAACGCACUACCCUGUGCCCAAUAAAAACAACCCUCCCAAAAGCAAAAAUAAAUAAAUAAAAAACGCUAGACGACACUCCCCUAUUUUGGACCUCCCCACCACAGUAAAUCUCGAACUUUCCCUUAUAUAAAUGAAUUAUGCCAAUGACAUGUAUAGCUUUUAUCCCAUAAUCAAAUGCCUUGAGUGAUUGUGCUUCUUUUUAAGUACUUGAUUUCAAUGAUCAUUCUGUGGGUUUUGGGGCUUUAAACUGUAGACUAUUUUCACUGUCUACUCUAGGUUGCAAUGGACUUGCCAUUCUAUGUACCUGCACAUUUAUUGUCAUGUAACAUAUCUUUUUCUUUUGUCAUAAGCUCUGAUACAGUUGAAAGUAUAUAGAAUGCACCAACACAGGAACAAGUUUAUGGGUAAAUGUUGUAAUAAGAGAGUUACGUCGCCAUGGCUAAAAGUACUAGAUAAUGCCAUUGCAAUAAGAAACCCUAUAUACAGACAGCUAUGUGUAGCUAAUGUACAAUUUAAUAUCCAGCAAGUCACUAACUUAAUGUUUUACGGACACCUUAUCAAACCGUGGCUGACCAUUGUCGUUACUUCACACACAAUGGAAAGUUUAAACUGUCUGUGAAUGUAUUGUUAAUGUUUACACUUUGAGACACCUUUGACCUUUUGAGACAGUCUAGCUAAUGGCUGAUUUUUACUUGAUUUUACCAAUGUGUGUUCAAAUUAGCUUAGACCUACUAUUGAAUUUGAGUGCAAAGAUAAAUGAGAGGAAAUACUGAAACCUCACUGAGGUUUUUUCUCAGUCCCACUGAAGUUGUGCAUGUAAGAGACUAGUAGUAAGCAGCAGCAAUGGGCCCACAGGCUGGUUUUCCCUUGAGUAAUGAAUCACAUAUCCAUCAUUAGCGGUGCAUAGCAGGCUCCAUUAUAGUUUACACACGCAGCAUCUUCUAUGUUGUCACUCCCCAAGGACGCAGACCUGGUGCCUGAGAAAGAGGGAUAGUUCACAUAUUUCAUUUUUUGAAUGGUUUACAGGACUCUUGUUAUUAGAAGGUGCAAUGUGUACAAGCACGAAGCCAGAGUUUGUUUGCAGUCCCACAUCUGUCUGAGGCCUUGUAGAUAACAUGCAUAUAUUUCCAACACUACACGUCCACAGAGUCUGCUGAUAUGAUCAUUCAUUGUGUGGACUCCAGUGACUGUGUUUUCUAGCAUGUUGUAAAUUGGAAAAAUAAAGAUUCCAUUUCUGCAA